AUGAGUGUGGGAAAGGAUCGUACAUCCUGGCAGGAACUGGAAUGCUAUCUCUUCGGAGAAAUGCUUAUCUGCGUCAAGGAGAAGAAGAACACCCAGCGCCGUUCAUAUGACGAUGAUCAGUCUAAGCCGAAGCCAACCCGGUGCACACUAAAGGGCUCUAUUCUCAUCAAGAAGCACCUCAACAGCAUGGAAGCUGCCGCAGACGAGCCUAUCCUUGCACUGAACCUGUCUGUCAGUGAGCUUCCCUGCUUCUACCUUCGUUUCCCGAACCGCAGUCAGUUAGAGCUCUGGCGCCGUUCCCUCCUCGACCUUCAUCCCAUGGAGAGCACGUCUCCGAACAACGAUUACGACUAUGACAACUCUGGCGCAGAGGAGGAGGAAUACCGGAACAAUCCUAUCAGACGCCAGGCCUCGAUCAACUCGUCUUACGGAGCAGCCCGAUCAAUCAACACGGCUAUUACCGACUACACGAACAUGGGCACCGAGAGCCCAGCGCCAUCUAUCCAUAUACCCCUCGACCUUGUAGUCGUGAUUCCAGUUUCUUCUUCCAUGCAAGGAUUGAAGAUCACGCUCCUUCGGGAUGCGCUCAGGUUCCUCGUACAAAGCCUUGGCCCUCGCGACCGUAUGGGACUGGUGACGUUCGGUUCGAGCAGUGGAGGCGUCCCAAUAGUGGGAAUGACUACAAAGUCCUGGGGUGGAUGGCCCAAGAUCCUUGAGUCCAUCAGACCUGUCGGACAGAAGAGUCUGCGUGCAGAUGUGGUCGAGGGUGCUAACGUGGCUAUGGACUUGCUCAUGCAACGGAAGUCGUCGAAUCCCAUCUCUACCAUCCUUCUAAUUAGUGAUACUUCCACCUCCGAUCCCGAUAGCGUCGAUUUCGUUGUGUCCAGGGCUGAAGCUGCCAAGGUUAAUAUUCAUUCCUUCGGCCUUGGAUUAACCCACAAACCGGACACUAUCAUCGAACUCUCUACUCGGACCAAAGGCUCAUACGUCUAUGUGAAGGACUGGAUGAUGCUUCGGGAGUGUGUCGCUGGUUGUUUGGGUGCACUGCAGACUACCUCCCACCAGAACGUGAAGCUAAAGCUUCGUCUGCCAGAGGGCUCUCCUGCCAAGUUCGUGAAGAUCAGUGGAGCACUGCAUACAACAAAACGGGCUACUGGCCGUGAUGCGGAGGCAGCUCUUGGAGACUUGCGCUUUGGCGACAAGCGUGACGUUCUGGUCCAGCUUGUUAUCCCUCCUGACAACUCCACGCAAGACCUUACGCCUCAAGAUGCCUGGGAGAGCCUGGUGUCAGGACUAGAGGCACUGGGGGGUAUGUCUGAUGGUGAUGAUCAACGCGUGGCAAGCGUUGAGGAGGUUCCUCUGAUCCAGGCAGAUCUGACCUAUGGCGACUUCCUGCGGGAAGGCCAUCUCACUCAUUCUCCGCGACCGUCGCUUUUGGCCAUUACUAUGCUUCCACCUAACCCGAAGGCUAAACCUGGUCGUCCGUCUAGCCCACCCAUCCCUCCUCAUCCAUCCAUCGUUCAACGACGGAUGGAGCUUCUGACGUCCGACAUGCUGACGCGGGCCUUGACCUUGGUGUCCCGUGGGCAGCAUGACCGUGCGCAGCACUUGUUGACCGAGACUCGCAGUAUCCUGAAGGGCCUAGGCAAGGGUGGUCUUCCUCCUCUACCCCCCGGCCCCAGGCCAGCGGGUACCAGCGACUCCGGUAGCCGAGCAGACACUCCUACCUCUUCUUCACCCAAGUCGUCUAUGUUCGACGGCCACUCGUCGGCGGCUUCGGACACGGCGACCAUCACUUCUGUGUCUGCAGUCGAUGGUCAGACCAUGACGGCAUUGGACGCAGACCUGCAGUCGGCGCUGGAAUGGAUCAACCAUCCUGCGGUGUUCUCUAGAGACUCUCGCAAGGCGGUGUUACAAGGCAUCGGCGUGAUCUCCUCGCAAAGGGCCUAUACUUUCCGAUCGCCGUCUGAGGCACACUGGGCCCAGCGUGUGGCCGGUGUGCGACGCCUGACCGAACGAUCCAAGGAAUGGCGCGAGACUGGAGAUGACGCGUUGACUGAAGAGUAA